CUGGCGAUUCAUACCCAAUUGUUCUACCUACCACAACGUGUAGAUAAACUCGAAUGGAGAUGAGUUUUGUGAUAUGAUUAUGAAGUCCACAGACGAGUAUUCAAGGAUUCAUCAUUCCCACGACAUUCAAAACAAUCAGGUUGGAUGAUGGCUUCACCCAAUUUCGAGGAACUAGAGUCAAGGGUUUUGCCUUUAACAUUAGAUGAUGACCCUCCAUUUUCAGUUCUUGAGCUUGGACUCGGUGGGAGAUCAGCAGCUGUUCCUUUGACUGGAAGCAGCCCAGAAUCCCUACCAUACACAACCACUCUGCCCUUUGGUUUACCUCCCAUUAUCCCUGACCUAUCAGAGAGGAUAAGUGGCUACCUUGACUGCCCUGAUAAGCUACCUAUACAUGAUGUCUGUAAGGGUCAAAGAAAACAGCCGAGGAAAUCUGAGCCGACCAAUCUGUACAACGUGAGCCUUUGCCCUCUGCAGACAACCUUACAGGUCGAGAGGCAUGCAACAACAGGGGAACUUCUUGGUUAUAAAGAAGUAUUUUUAGGGGAUACCAGUGCGACAGCCAAGAACAGCCUCUCCCUCAGCCGGCAGCCUGGUCCUCUCUCAGAGUCGGUCCGAGGGAGUACCACCAACUUCCCCUUCAUGCCUGGAGGUCUCGCCGAAGAACCCUUCCUGGAUGAAGACGACGAUGCCUUGGUGUCCGACAGACCCAACGAGGCCAAUGAUAUUGACGUUGAUGAUCUCCUGACAGUUCCUCCAGGAUGGGAGGCUGGAAUGGUCUUUGAGGAUAGGAUGAGACGGGAUGAGGUGAAGGAAGAUGAGGAGGAGGAUAGAGGGAUGAGCAGGCUGAUUGAGGCCUCUGGUGAGGUUGGUCUUGAUGACAUCAUGGGGAUGGACGAUCGCUUUGACUUCUUGGAGAAGGAAACGGAGGAGGAUAGAGCAAAGGAAAUAGAAAAGGAGAGUCAAAAGGUUUCGCAGGAAAAGGCAGCUGCCAAAGAUGAAGAACUAGAUAAAGUUUUACCUGAAGCAAAGAAGAAAGAGAAAGAAGCCAAAAAGGAAGAACCACUGAAGGAGAAAUCAUGGGCUGUUAACAUUGAUGUCAGUACACCAGUUGAUGAUUUCCACAAGAAAGUUCCUGUUAUGGCUCAUCAGUACCCGUUUGAGCUGGACAUUUUCCAGAAGCAAGCUGUUCUCCAGCUUGAGAAUCACCAGAGUGUCUUUGUUGCUGCUCAUACCUCGGCAGGAAAGACCGUAGUAGCGGAGUAUGCCAUCGCACUCUCAAUGAGACAUCUCACAAGAACGGUCUACACAUCCCCUAUCAAGGCUCUGUCCAAUCAGAAGUUCCGAGACUUCAAGAACACGUUUGGAGAUGUAGGUCUCCUGACUGGAGAUGUUCAGAUCAAACCUGAAGCUUCUUGCCUUAUCAUGACAACUGAAAUAUUAAGGUCUAUGCUGUAUAAUGGUUCGGAUGUAAUCAGAGACCUGGAAUGGGUUAUAUUUGAUGAGGUCCACUACAUCAAUGAUUCUGAGAGAGGAGUAGUUUGGGAGGAGGUUUUAAUCAUGCUUCCUGAGCAUGUGAAUAUCAUCUUACUCAGUGCUACCGUCCCAAACACCAUGGAAUUCGCUGACUGGGUUGGGAGAAUCAAAAGGAAACACAUCUACGUGAUCAGUACCUUGAAGAGACCCGUCCCUCUGGAGCACUUUCUCUAUACAGGCAACAGCAAUAAGACGAGCAAUGAACUCUUUCUUCUGGUGGAUGCUCAGAAGACCUUCAUGCAGGAGGGGUAUAAACAGGCUGUCAAAGCCAAGAAGGCGAGGGCUACAAAAAGCAGCACUGCAUUCGGUGCUAAGGGAAACAGAGAAGGACAUUUCAAGAGUGACAAGAACGUGUACAUGUCAGUGGUGGAGAUGCUUCGUAAGAAGGAGCAGCUACCAAUCGUCUGCUUCACCUUCUCCAAGAAGCGUUGCAACGAUAACUCGUCUCAGCUGUCAAAUCUUGACCUGACGACCAGCUCAGAGAAGAGUGAGAUCACAGUGUUCAUCAAGAAGUGUGUUGACAGGCUGAAGGGAUCCGACAAGAAACUUCCGCAGGUGGUUCAUUUAAGCGGGCUGUUGAAGCAUGGCAUUGGAGUACAUCACAGUGGAAUCCUACCUAUACUCAAAGAGGUGGUUGAAAUGCUCUUUCAAAGAGGACUUGUUAAGUUGCUCUUUGCCACUGAGACCUUUGCAAUGGGGGUCAACAUGCCAGCCAGGACUGUCCUCUUUGAUUCUAUCAAGAAGUUUGACGGCACCAACAAGCGUCACCUUCACCCAGGGGAAUACAUCCAGAUGGCGGGCAGGGCGGGGCGUCGUGGGCUGGAUACGACUGGCAUGGUCAUCAUCCUGUGCAAGGGGGAUGUUCCUGAGACGUCUGAUCUGCAUUACAUGAUGAAGGGUCGUCCCACGAAGCUUGAAUCUCAGUUCCGUCUGACGUACUCCAUGAUCCUCAACCUGCUUAGGGUGGAGGAGCUGAGAGUGGAGGACAUGAUGAAGAGAAGCUUCUCCGAGUUCACUACCAGGAAAGAUGCAGAUAAACACAGGCAACUCAUCAAGGACCUCCAACAGCAAGUCAAACAGAUUCGUGAUAUUGAUUGUUACAUGUGCUCUGAUCUGGAACCAUACUACAGCACAUGUAAGACGCUGAAUGAACUCAGACGAGAAACUCAGAAAAUAGUCUUGUCCCAUCCUGCUGGUGUGAAAUCACUGAUACCGGGCCGGGUCAUCAUCAUCAGGAACAAGCGUUACCGGAAGAACACCCUUGGAGCCGUCCUGAGCACCUCGGGCGCCUCCAAGGACAGGAAAGUAAAGACACUCAUUCUGUGCAACCCCCAGAGCAAUAAGGACUCAAGUAGCAAUAGCGGUGAAACGGGAGAUGAGGCGGAUCUUCAUGUGCCUCCCAUCAUUAAGGAAUCCUUUUGGAGACCAGAAGGGGAACCGAGCCACAUCGUGGAGGACUUCAUAGCAGAUGAUGUUGUGGGAAUCACCAUUGUUACCAUGAAGCUAGAUGCCAACAAGAUUGUGGAGAAUUUUAACAAGAGGCAGAUCCCUAGAUUCAGGAAUGAUCCCCCUGGUCAGUCAGCUGUGUCGGCCACCCAAGAACUCCUAAGACUGACCGAGGCCAAUCCCGAUAGCCUUGAUACUCUUGACCCGGUCAAGGAUCUCAGUAUCCGGGAGAUGGACCUCGUUGAAAAGUUCAUCAAUAGGGCGUAUGUGGAGAAAACCGUUGACCAGUUCAACUGCAUCCUGUGCUUCAACUUCCAACAGCACUAUGCUAACAUGUGCCAUAAGAUGAAACUGUUGGAGGACAUGAGGCACUACCGGUAUCUCCUGUCUGAUAGAAGUCUCCUACUCCUUCCUGAAUACCAUCAGAGAAUACAGGUCCUGAAAGAACUGAACCACAUUGACAAGACCAACACCAUCCAGCUAAAAGGCAGGGUAGCCUGUGAGAUCAGCAACCAUGAACUUCUUAUCACAGAACUUGUCUUCCAGAACAUCCUUUCGCUGUACCCGCCCAAUGAGAUCGCUGCCCUGCUCUCCUGUAUGGUCUUUCAGGAGAGAAGGUGCAGCGAACCAGAGCUUACAAAGGAACUGAAUUAUGGUGUGAAGAGGAUCCAGGAGGAGGCUCUGAGGAUAGGGACGCUACAGCAUAGAUGUGGGGUUCAGAUGCCUGCUGAGGACUACGUGGAACAGUACCGCUUUGGACUCACGCAAGUCGUCUAUGAAUGGGCUAAUGGCAUGGAGUUUUCAGAGAUCAUUGGCCUGACGGAUGUCACCGAGGGGAUCAUUGUCAGGACGAUCCAGAGAUUGGAUGAAGUCUGUCGCGAUGUCAGGAAUGCAGCACGCAUAGUAGGUGAUCCCAUCCUCUUUAGUAAAAUGGAGGAAGCAUCACAACUCAUCAAGAGAGACAUUGUGUUUACUGCAAGUUUAUACACACAGUGAGCUUGUGUAGGGUACAACAGUUGAUGACAGAGCUGAUGGCAGAAUUUAUGACAAACUUAAUGGCAGAUCUGAUAGUUGAGUUAUCUAUAAAGACUGAUAGCAACAUUAAUGGCAGAGUUUAUUGCGCUUUUGAUGGCAAACUUAAUGGCAGAUCUGAUAGCUGAUUUGUCUAAGACUGAUAGCAAAGUUGAUGACAGAGUUGAUGGUUAAAUUGAUUGCAGAAUUGAUGGCAAAACCGAUGGCAGAGUUUAUGACAUAGUUGAUGGCAGUGUUGGUGGCAGAGAUAAUGGCAAAGGUGAUGGAAGAGUUAAUGGCAUAGUUAAUUGCUGACUUGAUGGUAGAGUUCAUUGCAGAUUUGAUGGCAAACUUAAUGACAUAUUUGAUAACAUAUGUAAUGGCUGAUUUGAUGGCAGAUUUGAUAGCAGGGGAUAGCAGAUCUCGUCUGGUUAAAGCAGUGGUCCCAUCAGUGUAUGUCAGUGAACAUUACACACUCUUUUGAAAAUCAGGAAUUAAUGCUAUGGAAACAGUAUAUUGAUAUUCACCAGAUCUCCAGAAUUCUUCAUAAGUGAAUACAUAACUCCGUAUGAAAACUAGAUCCAUGUGUACAUCUUAUCAAAUAGUUUAUAUGGGUGAUUACCAAUAAGUUAACAAUAUUUGAUAAAUGCUGCAAUCUUUAAGUAUACCUUGUGGCAAUAUCUCCUAGGAUCAUAGAUUGUUUGAUAUAUUGUAUGAUGUAAUUUGCAAGAAAGUGCCAUAUAUUUAUACGAGGUACUGGUUUCAAAAUUAAUUUUUCUACAGCUAUUGGUGCAAUCGACUUACUUAUGUUUAAACAAAAAUCAUCAUCUUAGAGUUGAGGGAUAAAUGCGCUCAUUUCAACAUUCAUGUACCCUAAGCUGGCAAAUAGUAUAUUCGGUGUGUUAUGAUGAAAAUCAAAGAAGAAAAUACUGAAGUUUCAUACGUACACAUGUAAGACAGUAAGAGCGACUUUGGGAAAUUCAAUAUCUGUAUUUUUGUUUAUUGUAGUUAUUUUAUGAAUAUUGGUUCCCUCACAAAAAUAGUGAUUUUCAGUCCUUAAAGUGACUUGGUAACAUUGUCUCAGAUUCUGAAACAAAAUCCUGGAUUUAGGUCAUGCUGCAAUGAUAAUUAGAAACCUUUACGUCGGUCAGGAAC